AUGACACCUUUUUCUACUGUUCAUUUAUUUCUUUGUCCAUAUACAAAAGUUGAAGAAAGUUUUAAUUUACAAGCGAUCCACGAUAUUCUCUAUCAUCGUUUCAACAUUUCAAGUUAUGAUCAUUUGGAAUUUCCAGGAGUCGUACCUCGAACGUUUCUUGGUCCCAUUGUGGUUUCAUGUUUAUCAUUUCCAUUUACAAUAUUUUUUCCAUCAUCAUCAUCUUCUCUUUUAUAUAUGCAGUAUAUUGUUCGAUUGAUAUUAGGAUUAUUAGUGGCACUUAGUUUAACAAAUUUUUAUAUUUCAUUAAAACGGCAUUGUGGCUCAUCUGUACAACAAUGGUGGUUAAUUAUAACACUAACUCAAUUUCAUCUAUUUUUUUAUUCUACAAGAACACUACCAAAUACAUUUGCUCUCAUUUUAGUUUUGAAUUGUUUCGCAUUUUGGUUAAAUGGUAAACAUAGACUAUUGGUAUGGACGUCAGCAUUUGUCAUUUUGAUAUUUCGUUCGGAACUUGUCAUUUUAUUGGGUCUGAUUAUUCUUUAUGAAGUUAUCAAUCGUCGUUUAAGUUUUCGCGAAUCAUUAAAACAUGGCAUAUCUGCAAGUUUAAUCGCUGUGGGACUUAGUCUAAUCGUCGAUAGUUGGUUUUGGCAGCGAUUAGUAUGGCCAGAAGGUGAAGUAUUAUUUUACAACACAAUAUUAAACAAAAGUUCAAAUUGGGGUGUAUCCUUUUUGUUAACACGCCUAAGAGGAACAUGUCAUGACCAGCACAACGAAAAAGCUCCCAUUAGUAGAGAUACUUCACCAUUUUUAUGGUAUUUCUAUUCUGUUUUACCACGUGCUCUUGGUGCAUCUCUACUAAUAUUACCAUAUGGCUUGUACACUAGUAAAACAAUUCGUUUAAUGGUACUACCAAGUUUUUUAUUUAUAUUUAUUUAUUCAAUUUUACCACAUAAAGAGUUACGUUUCAUUUUUUAUACAUUUCCAAUGUUGAAUGUAGCUGUAGCAGAAGGUUGUAAACGAAUAUUUCAGCUGAAAACUUAUGAUUGGCUGUCUAAAUUAUUAAAAUUGAUUAUUUAUGGUCAUCUGAUUUUAAAUAUAAUUCAAACAUCAAUAGCAUUAUAUGCUUCACAUUACAAUUAUCCGGGUGCACAAUCUCUUUUAAGUUUACAAAAACUCUAUCAUCAUAAAUCAAAUGUAACCGUUCAUAUUGACGUUUAUGCAGCUGAAAAUGGUAUAUCGAGAUUUUUAGAACUUAAACGUGCCGACAUUUGGAGAUAUAAUAAAACGGAAAUGUUGACAAUCAAAGAACUUACUCAAUUUGAUUUUUUACUAGUUGAAUCCAAUAAUGAAGAAGAUAAUCGUCUAAAACCGUAUUUAACAGAAGGAUUUCAUAUUAUAAAUUUUAUACUGAUCAUUCGAUUUGUUUCACAUACAAAUAUUCCACGAACAUGUUCGUUACAUAAUGCUGCAAAUACAGAUAUUAAUUAUUUUCAAAAUAUGGUCAAAUCACAUGUAGAGAAACAACCAUCUUCUAAAACUAAUACUACCAAUGUCAAUUCUUCAAACAAAAAACAAAAAAAUAAUUUUGACAAUAAAAAUCAACAUAGAUCUUAUGGUCAACAAACAACAUCAGAAUAUUUUCAAUUGAAACAAAAAAACACAUCAUCAUCAUCAUCGGCAAAGUUUACAUCCUACAAUACAACAUUGGGUACAAACAAAUGGGAUGAUCAAAAUAAACAUUCACAUUCAGAACGAUCAAUGAAAUACAAUAAUUAUGUAUCGAAUAAAUCGAGAAUAUCAACAUAUAACAAUAAAAAAUCAGUAAAUCAAAUAAAUGACAAUGAUGAUAAAACAAAAACAUCUAAAUUUAAUUCGUACAAUAAAGCGUAUCAAAACGUAACCAAGAGUAGUCAUGAUUUUAAUUCACAAGAAGAAGAUGAUAUGUUUGAAAAUGAAAAAGAUGAUUUAACAUUGACUGGCGUUGAAACAAAAACAUUUUCAAAAGUAAAUAAAAAAAAUAAAACAACAAUUUAUUCAAAAGAUAAAAUAAAUGUUCUACUUUCAAAUAAACAAGAUGAAACAAAGAAUAGUAAUUCGAUUCCACUUGAGGUUCUUGUUCAACCCGAUUUACAUGAUUUAUAUACUAAUGAAGAAAUACAUGAAUCAAUUGAACAAUAUAUUCGUAAUAUUCGUCCUGUUGUUUUACGUUCACUUCCAUAUGAUAUGGCUUAUUUAAUAAAUGAAUCAGAAACAUUAAAACGUUUCGUUGAAAUGGGUGUUGAUAUCUAUCGUUGGGGUAAAUCACAUGCAAAAGUCAAAUAUACCAGUACACUUGAUUUUGAACGUGAUUGUUCAAAACAUAUUGUUUUUUUACAUGAUAAAGGUAUUCAAAAUGAUAUUCUAGCACAAUUUCUUUCAUUUAAUCCUUGGAUAUUUAGUGAAAAUAUUAAUGAUUUACAAACACGAAUUCAUUAUCUUGAAAGUAAAGAAUUUAAAUCAGACAUGAUUCAACACAUUAUUACUAAAGCACCCUACUGGCUUAAUCUAAGUACAAAAACAGUGGAUAAUAAAUUAUCUUGGUUUCAAAAAAAAUUUCAUUUAUCCGUUGAUGAAAUACGAACAAUUGUUUGUAAAGCACCAAAAUUAAUUACAUUACCAUUAAAAGAUAUUAGUGAUACUUAUUUUAAUAUGAAAGAAUUUUUAAAUUUUACUGAAGAACAAUUAAAAGAAUUACUUAUCAAAUAUCCAAAAUUGUUUCAAUAUGAUUUUAAAGUAAUCGAAUUCAAUUUUGAUUUUUUAAUUAAUCAAAUGAAUAUUAAACAGGAACAAUUUAUUGAAUAUCCACCCAUACUUAAACAAUCAUAUCAACGUUUAAGAACACGAUGUCUCUAUUUGAAAUCUAUUGGACGUGAUCAAUUUAAUUCAUCAGAACCAAAUUUUAUAUCUCUAAAAGCUCUUUGUUUAAGCACUGAUGAACUAUUUUGUCAGCAAGUGUUGAAUACUACUGUUAAACAGUAUCGACAGUUUAGUAAAACAAAUGUACGGGAUUAG